GCGGCGGCGGCGGCGAGGCGAGGCGAGACGAGACGAGGCGGAGCACCGUGAGCUGUGGGGCCGGUGGCGGGUAGAGGUGUGAGGGCGGCGAGGGACCUCAGGGGUAGUCGGGCCGGUGUGGCCGCCGCCGCCGCCAUGCAGGAAAUCAUCGCCAGCGUGGACCACAUCAAGUUUGACUUGGAGAUCGCAGUGGAGCAGCAGCUCGGGGCACAGCCGCUGCCCUUCCCCGGCAUGGACAAGUCAGGGGCUGCUGUCUGCGAAUUCUUUUUGAAAGCUGCCUGUGGCAAAGGGGGCAUGUGCCCAUUCCGCCAUAUCAGUGGUGAGAAGACGGUUGUGUGUAAACACUGGCUGCGGGGGCUGUGCAAGAAGGGGGACCAGUGCGAGUUCCUGCACGAGUACGACAUGACCAAGAUGCCUGAGUGCUACUUCUACUCCAAGUUCGGGGAGUGCAGCAACAAGGAGUGCCCCUUCCUGCACAUCGACCCUGAGUCCAAGAUCAAGGACUGCCCUUGGUACGACCGUGGCUUCUGCAAGCAUGGUCCCCUGUGCAGGCACCGGCACACACGGAGAGUCAUCUGUGUGAAUUACCUCGUGGGAUUCUGCCCAGAGGGGCCCUCGUGUAAAUUCAUGCACCCUCGAUUUGAACUGCCGAUGGGAACCACCGAGCAGCCCCCACUGCCACAGCAGACGCAGCCUCCGACAAAGCAAAGUAACAAUCCGCCAUUACAAAGGUCGUCCUCCUUGAUCCAGUUAACGAGUCAGAACUCUUCUCCCAAUCAGCAGAGAGCCCCGCAGGUCAUCGGGGUCAUGCAGAGUCAAAACAGCAGCGCAGGCAACCGGGGACCCCGGCCGCUGGAGCAGGUCACCUGUUACAAGUGUGGCGAGAAAGGACACUACGCCAACAGAUGCACCAAAGGCCACUUGGCCUUUCUCAGUGGACAGUGACAGCAGCUGGAGCCAGCUCAGAGCAGCCCAAGGGUCCCCACUCUCGGGGACCACCCUGGGCCAUCCUUGGGAGCGUGCACUUAACUGUUUAACGCCAGUGUUGGUGCAACUCUGGCUGGAGCAGGCAGGCAAGCACGCCAGGGUUCAUCAUUCUGAGGGGCUACGUCUGACAGUUUCCCUAUUAUUUGCUGUAAACUUUUUUAAAAGGGGACAAGUGCUCCAGUUUGGUCAAGUCGGCAUCAUGUCUGUCUAGGCAUGGACACCUGUCCGCAAUUCCCUGCACACCGCCCUCUGGGGAGGGGAGGAAGUGGUGGGGAAGGGCUCCUGCCAAGCAGUCUGUAGGGAAGGCAGCCCUUCCCCUCGAGGCCUCAUUAAACACCAGUUCUUGGUGACCCCAGGGGCUGUUGGAUCAUUUAAA